CUGGCUAUGCGUGCGAUUGUGGUGUUACGGUGAGGGAUAGGCAAAGGGAGGGACGCCACGAUGGAAUUGGAUGAGGUUAGACGUCUGCUACAGGGUCAGAAUGAAAGCGCACGCAUGCAUUGAGCGUACGUGGAGGUAUGAGCUAAGAGACGACACACGAAGCUUCCACCUCCUUUCCUGCAUGUACAACCCUCUCCCAUGCGCACCCCAUCAUGCGACUGACCGUCCGCCUCGUAACGAUUUCCGCGCGCGUUGACUGUCGCAGUCAGCCUGGGUCGCCUUUGCGUGGAGCUCUUUGCGUGUUCGAGCUUGAAGCGAGAGGGCGGGCAGUGCGAACGCGAGGGAAGCUCGUCCUGGAGAAGGCGGGAUCCAGUGCGCGCAUGAACGAUAGCAGCGCAGAGGACGAGCGCUGUGCAAAGGCAGGGCGCCUGACGAAAGACGAGCUGCUUGCAAUGCGAGCGCAGGACAGAGCCUCCGCUCUCCCACGCGCAUCCCAUCAAGCACUGCCGACAUAUCCGGUUUGCUCCAGAGUCCGCGAUGGCCUGAUUGUGAACUGUCUCAGCGACUACGUGGUCCCGCUAUAUACGCCCACUUUUAAAUGCUUCCGGCUCCGCUGCCGCCUCCGACCGACCAACGCCGUACCCUCCCAAGUUCCUCGUCCGACGUUCCUACCGCCAACGCCGCAGCUGGGAGAGCCGAGGAGCGUACCGACGUAUCCCCCUGUGCUGCCCCAGGUCCGCUCGGUCGCCCAACCGCCUGCUAUCGCCGGUCCGAGCAAUCCAGCGCAGGGACAGGGAAGACAUGACAUUGUUGGGCAGGUGGUGUGGGAGGGCUCGCUGGCGUGGACGGGCACGGGCAAUCGCACGGGUAGCGCGCAGGUCUUGCUGCUCGCAGGGAAUUGCGUCGAUCAGCUGCGGGCUAUGCAGUGGCCGAGCGUGUUUAUGCUGAAGCCUUCGCAGCACCCCGCGCUUCCUCAGCAGACUUUGCAGGAUUGGAUCAAGCGGAAUGCGGGGCAGCGUGCCAUCGUGCAUGUUAUACCGCAGCCUCGGCUCGCAGACACGAAGACUAACGAGGAGAGCUUUGCCGCUCUCGCGCGGCUGCUAUCUGAUCAAAGCAGGUACGCGGUGGCAGCGUUCAGCGGGCCCAACGGCGAGAACCGCGACCGCAUCCUUUUAUUCCCCGGCAAACCCGGUCAAUUCGUCAGCGUCGUCUUCCUAGGCCAGGAAGGCAUGCCGGAGCUCCCACACGAGGUGUGCGGGAUGCCGUUGUCGAAGAUCCCGCCUCAGUUUGCGCUGUUGUUGUAUAAGUUGCCGCAGGCGCGCCAGGCGAUGUUGAUGGAGCUUCCGCAGGAGAAGCGG